GCUGUAAUCCCCAGUUUGUCUCUGAUCAAGUCUUGUUGCCUCUUCAUACAUCUCAGUUGGAUUCAAGCUGCUGGGAGUGGCACAACCUUUUCACAGCAUUUGGAGCAGGGCCACUAGUUUGGCCAACGCCAAACUAAACAACACUGUUGGUCUCCACCCAUUCCAACUAGCUUGUACAAGCCUCUUCACCUCUUUUCCACUUUCGGUUGCUCUGGAUUGUUGACCCUAUAGUUCUCCAUGAUUCCAGCGAUGGACUCCUGUUUAACUCCAGCCCCUCUCCUCCUCAUCCUCUUUCUGUCCCCUGUUCUCUCCUGUCGAACUGGGAGGGACAGUGAGUGUGAAUCUGCUUCCUUUGUACCAGGACACAAUCUGGUGGGAGAGGGCUUUGAUGUGGUCACUCUGCACCGAAAAGGAGCAUAUGUGAUUGAUGUGAAGACCUACCUGACCCCAAAUAGCACCUGUACCCUCUGCUUCAAUGGUCAUGGGGCCAUACGCAAGAAAUGGCAAAAACUGCCAGUUUCUGUGAUGGACUGGCGUGCAAUCAACCACUGCAGUAUUGAUAUGUCCAGCAGCUCACACACUUCUGUUAGCUCACUGACUGAAAGUUACAUCAAACAGGACAUUAAUAACUGGGGGUUUGGCCUAGAUGUAAAACAGUUUGCAGGGCUGAAUGUGGGAGGAACACGCUCCAAAGCAUACUACUUUGCUUCACAAAGGACCAGAGAAGAUCGCUUCUCCUUUAGCACACACAAGAUCGCCUGCACACAUUACAGUUUUCGUGUAUCAACACGGCCUCCACUCAGUUCAGGCUUUCUUCAUGAUGUAGCAGUGCUGCCAACUCACUACAACCCUUCCACUCAUGCUCAAUAUUAUGAGCUCAUACAAACCUAUGGCACACAUUACUUUCGACAGGUUCGUCUUGGGGGGCGACUGAGGCGAGUCACAGCCACACGGACCUGUUUGUCCAGAUUGAACGGACUAUCCACAAAUGAGGUUCAAAACUGUUUAUCACUGGGAUUUCGUGUCGGCCUGGGGAAGUUGAGCCUAUCCAGUGUUCUAGGCUCUUGUCACAAGGUUUUACAGAACCGGGAUGCUUCCACUAGUUACAGUUCUGGUUUCCACCAACACUACACAGAGAUCUCAGGGGGCAGUGGGUGGUUAGGAGAGUUUUCCAUUGCCCAUAAUGACUCUCUGGGCUACUUCAAUUGGCUGAAAAGUCUAGUGACUCAUCCUGGUGUUGUCUCAUACUCCCUUCGGGCAAUAUAUAAGCUCAUGCCAAAGAAAACACAGAAAUUAGGGAUGAAGGCUGCCACUGAGCGGUAUUUGAGGGACAACGCUGUGAGUCAUUCGACCAAUGAGCCCAGGUGUCAGGCUUCUAACCUGGCUUACAACUGCUGUCCUAUAUCGGCGUCGAAGGGGACAUUGGGGGUGACCAUUGUCAGAGGCUGGAGGUUGGAUGGAGAUCUACCCCCUAACCCCAGCGACGGCUAUGUAAAGGUCUGGUAUGGUGAAGCCUAUCGUCGGACUCGAACGAUCGAGUCAAAUAAUCCCAGGUGGGAUUCGUAUUUUGACUACGGCAAGGUGGACACGCAUGAGGAGUUGUACAUAGAGGUUUGGGAUGAGGACGUUUGGCAUGAUGACCUCCUUUUUUCAUGCAGCUUCAGUCUGACCCAGGGCACACACACACGGACCUGCUAUAGAGGCAGAGAAGGUGUUGAGCUCCGGUACACCUUGACCUGUGAUCGUUAUCUGACUGGAGACAAGUGCAACUAUUAUAAACCAUCUACUUAGUGGCUAAAUGUAAUUAGAGGAGUGUUUCUUUUAAAAAAAAGAAGAAGAAAGAAAGGUCACAUAAUUGAUGACAAAAUGUUGAGCUUUAUCUUCUAUAAUUGUUAAGCUUCAGUGCACAAGGUUUUGAACAUACAAGUCACAAGUAUAUAUAUAUAUAAAAAACAACAUUUUUUGCUUUUAACAGAAUAUUGUGCUUAGUAUAAUCUGUCUGUAUUUUGAACAUUAAUCACAAUCAUCUCUGGUGUACUCUUAGCAGUUUGGAAGUGCAGUUAAACUGUAUCAAAUCCUUGUUUUGCCACUUUUCCUACAACUUUCUCAUGCAAAAUAAAGAUUGUCAGAACAUG